UAACUCUAUUAAAUAUUUACAAUGUGAUCAAUUUGUUAUUAAACAAAGAAAGAACAUGUAUAAGUUAAAUAUCUUACUAUCUUUUUAUUAUUUUGCAACUGUUGCUGUCUUUGCUAAUGCACCUGUAAUGAGUGGUAAUUUUUGUAUAAUUCAUGAACCAGUUUUAAAGACCUUUUCUUACAACUUGACAAGUCUUUCAAAUCCUACGAAAGAUGUUACAUUGAGUUUUGAAGACCUAAAUGAAACUAUUCGACUACAAUUAUGUAUGCCGUUAAAACAAAAGUGCAAUGGAAAGGAUGGAUACGCCAUUUGUUUGACAAGAAAUAAAGAAGAGAAAGGAAUAGGGAAGACACCACCAAAAAUAAAUGCAGAAAAUGGAACAAUAAAGUUUAUAUUUACAGGGGACAGUUGUACAUCUAAACUUAAUUAUAUUGUACAUAUAAUCAUGAAAUGUGAUUACCAAGCUGGAAGCGAUUCUUUUCCUGAGAUAUAUCCUCAUGAUGCAAAUCAGUGUGAUUUAUACAUGAUAUGGAAAACUGCUCUAGCUUGUGGUCCUAGAGUUACACAGAAUUGUGCAGUAACAAAUAAUGGAUUGCAUUAUGAUCUAUCUCAUUUAACAAAAUAUUCAGAAAAUUAUGUUAUUCAUACGGGUAAUAAUACAUCUCCAAAAAUUAUAUUAAAUGUUUGCCAUUCCGUGAUAUUUGAAUACAAUGCUCUGUGUCAAACACGUACGGGAGCUUGUUUACGAGAUCCUUCAAAAUCUAGAUAUGUGACUUUGGGUAAUGUACAGAGUCCAUUAUCUAUCCAGGAAGAUGGGCACUUACAGCUUGUGUACGAACAAGGAGAUUUGUGUACAAAGCAUAUUUUAGAACCACAUAUUAAAACCACCAUUACUUUCAUAUGUGAUUUUAAAGCUUUGGAUACAAUUCCAGAGUAUGUGGGAGGAAGUGAAGAAUGUCAUUAUCGAAUAAUAUGGAAAACUGCAGAAGCAUGUAGUAUAGAAUCUUUGCGUAAUCAUAGUGCAAUAACUGCUGGAAAAUGUACAGUCAAUAAUCCUCUUACAAAUUUUACGUAUGAUUUACAAUCUUUAAUGAAUCAUGACUUUUAUGCUAACGCUCAAGAUGGAACAAAGUAUACAUUUGGAGUGUGUACACCACCUUCAAAUUCAAGCUGUGUAUCUGGAACAGGUGCUUGUUUGACUGAAAAUAGUACAUCUAUGGGAAUAGCAAAUACAAAUCUCAUGUGGGAAGAAGGUGGACCAUAUUUAAAUUACACGAAUGGAGCUGAUUGCGGAAAUAAACAACGCCGUUAUACGGUUAUUGCAUUUUUGUGUGGAGCAGAAGGAUCGCCGAAUAAACCACUUGUUAUGGAACAAAAUUCGUGUCAGUUAAUUAUACAUUGGAACACUAAUUUAGUUUGCGAGAAAAGGAUGAAGUGUACUACAGCUGACAGUGAGAUAAACUUAAGUUCAUUGAUAAGUUCUACCAGUAAUUACGUUGUGAAAGUGAAUAAAACGGAAUUUCAUAUAAAUAUAUGCAGACCAUUGGUUCCUAAACCAGGUUUAACAUGUACACAUGGCAGUGCAGUUUGCAAAGCUUCAUUAAAUGCGAAUAAUGAUUACAUAAACGAAGUCAGUUUAGGAUUUCCAAAGGAAAGGCCUAUAAUAAAUAGCGAUCGUAAAACAAUGUUACGAUACAUAGGUGGAUCACCUUGCCCUGAAAAUCCAAAUAAAUUAAUUUCUUCGAACUUCACAUUUCCAUGUGAUUAUAAAGACAAGGGAUCUCCAGAAUUCAAGGAAUACAAAGACUGUACUUACGUUUUUGAGUGGAAAACUAGCAUUACAUGUGGUGCUGUAAUGGGUUAUUUGAUUUCUCCCUGUAUUAUAAAAGAUCAAUUACUUUUACAUGAAUGUAAUUUGUCUUUAUUACACAAAAAUCAACAAGUGUAUUAUGUAAAAAACAAACAAGGAAAAACAUAUAGCAUAAAUAUAUGUGGAGGUCAAAAGCUUUGUAAUAAUUCUGCAAUAUGUCAAGAAAACAAUGCCUAUGGAUCAUUUAAAAACGUAUUUUUCGAUUAUGGUAGAAAUGUCAUAAGAUUACAAUAUUCGGAUGGUAGUAAAUGUGGAAACAGUUCCUAUGCUUCUGAAGUUCGAUUCAUAUGCAAUGAAUCCAUAGGUAUUGGUGUUCCAAAAUUGCUAUGGGAAUCAACGUGUAGUGCGGAAUUUGAAUGGUACACUAACGUUACUUGCACUUGGCAGUCGAAUACUUCACAGCCAACUGCUGCUUCAGAUAUACAUGAAAACGUUCAAGGCAUUUCUGCUAGUCAUACCGGUACGGUGGCAGGCAUCGUGUUAAGUAUUAUCGUUUGGGUAGUAGCAUUGCUUUAUUUUCGAGAUCCAGAUAAGCGAGCCUGUUUACGUUCUUGUUUCAACCCCUUUUCUUCGAGAAGAGGUAGUGGUCGUGUACAAUAUUGUAGGGUUGAUACAACGGAAGAGGCUCGCCUUCUUCUUGAUGAUCCUACACAAUGUCAGACAGAUAGUGAUGAUGAUAUGUUGAAUGCGUAGUUUGAUUCCCCUGCUUUCUUUAUGGUAUGUUCUCAAGCCUUGAACGGAAUAAGUAACAUUUACGAAAUGCAUAAAAGGGAGUAUUUCUGUCUCCUUGUUUAGCUUGCUACAAUAGACUGAUAAUUAUUUAAAAAUUUGUUACAGUAGUUAUGCUGCAUAAAACAUUGAAAAUAUUUAUAUACGUAUUAUACAGUAAUACGUGGUUUUUAUGCUGGUGACAUAGGGGAAAUAUUCAACGUCGAAUUUUACUUUGCUUGAUGUUCUUUUAUAAAAUGUUUGUUCCUCUGUGACUUAGCGGUUUGUCUAAAAUUGCAAAGAAAAUACAUAAUAAGAGGCUUUUUAAGAACUGAAGACUAUUUAGUUGAACAAUAUGAUAGAAGAAGUGCAGAAUAUAUUUAUUUUUUAAACUUUCUUAUUUUCUCUAUAUUUUAAACUUGGCUUUUACUUUUGAAUAACAAAAUAAUUUUGAAUUAAACUAAUGUAGUUCAUGUAUAUUACCAGUUGCAGUUUUUUUUUUCCAAUUAUCGCUACAAAUAAUAAAGUUAUAAAUUUGAAUACAUUUUAUAAACA